CCAAAAAAAUACUUUCCACAACAUGACAUUAAAUACUGUCACUGCUAAACACUCUGUAGCAAAAUUCUAAAUUAUGAGUUAAAUUAUAAUAUUAUUCAUUUUCGGUUAUAAUUUCGAAUUAAUUCAUCUAAGAAUCACAAUCAGAUACAUAAUAAUUCGUCAGAUUGGGGUAUCAAUGGAUUUUACAAGCUUAAAGAUAAAAUUUAAACCAAUCAUGAAAUCUAUUCAGAGAAGCAAUACAAAAUGUUGCAUAGAAAUAAUACCGCAAAUAAAGAGUAUUGAAAAUUUUAAUAAUUUGAAAUGGGAUGAAGAUCCGCUAAUCGAAUAUACAAUACCGAUCACGUACAAAAUUGUAUUCAAGAAAGCAAACGAACAAACAAAAUAUACAUAUAAGGAUGAUUCUAACAAAUUUUAUUACUCAUGCGUCGAUUUACUCAUUCCUUCGGCUUUAUCAAAUAAUUACGAAGGCUCUGGAGAUUUGAAAAGACAUAAAAGUGACACAAUAGUUCUUGACAAACAUAUUGUAGAUGUCUUCUAUAAAAAGAUGGGAAGUGAAUUUACAAUUAAAGAUUAUAGAGAUGAUAGCACUAAAGAAAUUAGUGAUUACAAAUUAUGUUAUGAUAAAUCUAAAAAUAAGAUUUCAGAAAAUAUUAAUGAAACUACUUUAAUAAUUGAUGAUGAGACGAAACUUGGAAAAGAAAAUAGAUUUGUCACUAUAAACUGUGACAAAUCAACAAGUACAGAUAUAAUAUUAUUCAAGUACAAAAAUAUUGGCAACAAAAAUACUUCUUAUGUAUUAUGGAUCACGAAGAGUUGCUAAAAGAACUAGCUACGAAUUUAUAUUUUCAACUCAAAGAUGAACCACCGCAAAUUACAGAAGUUAAUAAAACAGAGAAAAAACAUCCUUUACAUUUAAAACUGAGAGUUCGUAAAAAUAAUAAAUUGCACUUAAAGAAAAACUUAGCAACUGAGUCCAUACAAAAUCAAGCAAAUUGUCACUUAGCAAGCAGCGAUGAUACCAUAAUGUCAUUUAAACUAUUACUUGAAACCGACAAGGAUAAAGAAAAUUCAAAGAAGCAUCGCAAUAAAAUUACUAAAAUGUUACGGCCAGGUCUUUGCUUAAAUACCCAAAAUAAAGAAGAUAACAUCCCAUACAUGCCCAAAAAUCCUUCCCGUAAAAGAAAUGAAAUGAGCGAAUUCGAAACUUUGAAUGAUUAUGAUUCGGGCCAUAAAUAUUUUGGACUUUCCAAAAACAACUUUAUUAAAAAUUCACCUGCAGAUCUAAAAAAGCAUAAAAUUUUCAUUGGGAAAUGCAAGCCAGGUGGGUGUUUGGAUCCAGCUUUUAGUGAAGACAAUUAUGAAUAUUAUAUAUCGAAAAAAAUCCGCGCCCCAGAAAAAACGAAUGAUCCCUAUGUAAAAGAUCCUGAAUUCAAUCAUGGUAGCUGUAUUAAAAUAGCAAACACGCCUAAUGAUUUCGAAAUCACUUCGUGGAAUUUUAAAGAGAAUCUUGAAAUUAAUACUAUUCAACAUAUUUAUGAAGCAGAAUCUCUUCAUAAAACUAUCAGCAAUUCCCAUUCGAGCACUUUAACUAUUUAUCCCACAUCACUAUCUAACGAGGAAAUAAAUAAUACUAAAAAUAUGAACAAAAAUUCUACUGAAAGUAGUCCAAAAAAUAUGUAUUUGGGCAUAUCAAAUGGAACAUACUUUACUCCUCCCAGAAAUGUAAAAAAACUUUCUGACUCGAAGAUAUCUGUGAGAAAUAAUAGCGAUGAAGUAAAUACUAUGAACGAAAAAUUAAAAAGCAUAGAAAGUGAUUUUAAACAGGGAUUAAGUAACAAAAUUAGAUCAUCUACUGCAAUUCUGGAAAAUCAAUCUAGUACAGCAGACAAUAAUACUAAACGGAAAUUUAAAAGUCCUGAGUGUGAAUUAGAAAUGCCGGACGUUGAUUUUACAUUUUUACAAGAAAAAGUACAUCAAAAUAAUAGCGAAUAUCCAUUAAUUCCAAAAACAGGAAGCAUGAAAAAAGAUUCCAUUAUUGUUGAGGCAAAAUCAAUUUCAGAAUGCGGUGAUAUUGUUAAACAUGGUAGGAUUUCAGACAUUAUCACAAAUAUAGAUACAAACGAAGAUAUAGAAAAACGGCUCAUCCUUCCAUCCCAAGAAACAAAACUGGAAACUGAUAAUAAAGUUAAAAUCACAGAGCUUGAUACAAAUGGCUUGAAUCGUGCUAUCGACGGACUAGUUUUUCCUAAAAGUAAAUCACAAACAAAUACUGUUAAACCACCAAACACAAUCUCAAUAGAAAAUGCUAAUACUAACAAUAUCUCUUUUUUAAAAGCAGAAGAAAUCCCAGCUCAAAUUAGUGCAGCAGAAAAUAUUGGUACCGCCAAAUCUGACCAAUACAAAACAAAACAAGCCAAAAUAGUGAGUGAAAUCACAAAACAUAAAUCACUACAGGAUGUCGAACAGGAAUCUUUCCAAAUCCGUCUCAAUAAUUACCAAAAUAUGUUCUCCCAAAAUAGUACGACGCCUUCUCAAGAUCGAGUGGCAGCUUACCCUGAAAUUAGUAAACUUAUCGAACCUUAUAUCGAUAAAAAUAACGCCAAAAAUAUGGAGACCAGGAAUGAUAAUUCGAAAUCUUCCCCAUUUUUCUCCAUAAGUAAUAGAUCGCUUAACCAUAACCCGUUUCAGAAAAACUAUGAUCUUCAAAAGCACCAGAUUGAAAAUAUGUCUUUAGAUAAAAAAAUGCGAUCAGUUGAUAAUUUGAUCGAAAAAGAAAACAAUAAUUUAAUUCAGCACGAUAAUGAAAAUGAAUUAUCAUCAAAAUCACGCGAUGAUAUAAAAACAACUGAUAAUUUCUCGCAUAACACUGACCUAGAUCAAGAUGAUUAUGAUUUGUUACCGUCAACCUUAAUCAGUUCAAGUCACGAUAGUAAAUACGAAAUGGACACAACCAAUACUUUUACAAACAAGGUUCAAUAUAGUAGUAAGCGAAGUAAACAUUUGGAGUAUAAAGACGAGCGUGAUCUUAACUUCUCAACAUCCCGGGACCUUAUGAUUAAAAAAGACAUACAAAUGCAAUCUGAGAAACAAAAAGAAAACGAAAGUGUUCUAAAAAUAUUCCGAAAAGAACUAGAACAAACCAACGUUCCUAAUGCUAAAACUAUUAGUAAUAAUAUUAUCGUAACAGAAGAUAUUAGUUCGAUGAAUAUAGGAAGUUUUGACGUGCCCGAUUCUAAAUUAGAUAGUGUAGAAACUAUCAAUAAUGAAACUAAUGAAAUCGAAUCGAAAAUAGAUGUAUCUCCAAACCAAUCUCAUGGAAAUGUACGCAAAGAUGUUGGAGAUUUUAAUUUUAACAAAGAAUUGAGGAAGGACUUCAAAACGAAAAAUCACGAAGAGACUCAAAAUACUAAAGUGGAGUUGAAAGGUUCCAUACUGGAAAUUAAUCUAGAUUCUGAUUCUCAAACUAUUGAACAACCAUUAAGAGAAACGUCACAAACGAAAUACAAAGACAGAUAUAGCAUCGAACCAGAUAUUUUAAGCAAAAUUACAAUUCCAAAAAGUAGCACUUCAGUGGAAAACCGACAUAAUAUAGCUGAAAAACAACUUAGAAACGAGAAAAAUAUUUCCCAUAGCCGUCAUAAAACAGAUAAACCUCACGCUCAAAAUGAAGUAUUUCACAAAAUACAACAAGUAAAUGAAAAUAAUAAAUCAGACAUCGGUGAACCAUUAUCUUAUCCCAAGCCAUCAGCUUCCCUCGCAUUAAAAAACGAUACAUAUUUAAUGGACUUGGAAUUUGCUAUUUUUAUGAAUAACAAUAACGAAAAAACUAUAAAAACCUUGGAUACCUCUCAAACAUAUGACGAAGAUAAAAGCCAGAAUCUGGCAACAAUAAUGAUUAAAUCACAAAUGAGAACGUCUAACAAGGAAAUACGAUUCCCGGUCGAUAGCGAAAACGAUUUAAUAAUCCAAAUAAAAAAAACUAGAAUCAUGAAUCAAAAAGUCCAAAUUAAUAAUACAUUUGCUCGUGGAGAAGAUGUUUUAGAAGGUAAAGAUCAACAAAACGAAGAGAGUAAGAAUGAGACAACAGUAAACAACAAUGAAGCUAGCAAAUUACAGAAUAUUUUAAGUUGGAUAUACAAUCACGAAUUAGUUCCUUUACAAAACGUUAUCAAAGAACUAAAAGACGAUAUAGAUUUUCUUACUGAACAGCAGCAACAUAAAGCUAAAAUACAACAAGUAAAGAAAACAAAAUCUAUGAAAUUAUUAAAAUUUACGAAAGAUUGUACGUGUUUGCUGUAAUCUAUGCAAAUCAAAGUCCCGGCGCCGAUGUUUUUUAAACGUGCGACUCUCGAGUAAGACAGUCGACUGAACAACGCUCGUCCGGGCGACAAACAAUAUAUUUUUACAUAUUAUAAAAAUUCACUAAUGUGUUAAAAAGUUCAUGCAAAAACUGUUACAAGACCUAGUGUUUUGUGUAAGAACUUAUAGUGCUCAAUACUUAUGAAGCUUUAUAAUGGAAAAUAAAAUUGGUACAGUAACGGAAUUUGUCGAAAAUCGUCACAAAAAUCCGGUUGAUUUGGAUCAAGCUUUGGAUGUUGUUGGUAUGUCAUAAAAAUUAAAAGUUUUUUUUUCGACAUCUUCAUAUGUUAAUAGCCACAACGAUGUCAUUACAAGAGCUUUUGUGGACACAAGAAAAAAUUAUAAGCUAAUUAAAUGUCUUUUAUAAAUGGUGAGAAUAAAAUGAAAAUAUGAAAAACAGUAAUAACUAAAUAAUCUUUCAAAUUUAUCAAUUCAUAUAAAAAUAAACAAUUUAAAUUUUUUC